AUGGCAUUCAAGUUCAUUCCCAUCCUGGCAUUUAUUGUUGUUGCCCAAGCAGGAGUUUUACCACAAUAUUAUCGCUCCGAACCAACACCCCAAGUAUAUCAUCCAGUUGCAGUACCCAGCGCUGUUGUCAAAGCAGUUGCCCCUGUGGCAUAUGCCCAUGCCAAACCCGUAUUGGUGAAACAUGAUGCCCAUUAUGAUGAUCAUCCCCAAUAUAACUAUAACUACGAUAUAAAUGAUGAACAUACCGGAGAUGCCCAUAGCCAAGUAGAAGAACGUGAUGGUGAUAUUGUUCGAGGUGAAUACUCGUUGAACGAUGCUGAUGGUUUCAGACGUGUCGUUCAAUACACCGUUGAUCCCCACAGUGGUUUCAAUGCCGUCGUUAACCGUUAUCCCUUGGACCAUGUCAAGACUGUUGUUAAGAAAGUUACCCCCGUAACUUAUGUUGCCCCUUCGCCAGCAGUUGUUAAGCAAUACCAUGCUGUACCACAAGUCUAUCAUCAACUUCAUUAG